UUUCAACUCAGGCAGAAGACGUGGCUGUUCUACACGAAGAAGAAAACACAGGUCAAAGUUAAACAAUCGAAGGCGCUCCGGUUGCGUUUGGCAAUAAUGGCAAAGCAUCAUCCAGAUUUGAUCUUUUGUCGGAAACAAGCCGGUGUUGCCAUUGGAAGACUGUGUGAAAAAUGUGAUGGUAAAUGUGUCAUAUGUGAUUCCUACGUGAGGCCGUGCACACUGGUGCGUAUCUGUGACGAGUGCAACUACGGUUCCUACCAGGGCCGAUGCGUGAUCUGCGGAGGGCCCGGCGUGUCCGAUGCCUACUACUGUAAAGAAUGCACCAUCCAGGAGAAAGACAGGGACGGCUGUCCCAAGAUUGUGAACCUGGGCAGCUCAAAAACAGAUCUGUUUUAUGAGAGAAAGAAGUAUGGUUUCAAGAAGAGGUGAAGAUCCGUUGGCGUUUUGUUUUUUGUUUUUUUUGGUAAACUAGUUAUUUUUAAUAAACUUUUUUUGGCUUAUCAAUAAAGCUCCCUUUUUACAUGGUUUCUGUGUUCUUUUACCUCUGGCAUCCUGUAU